CGUUGGGGUCCUCGGCCCCGGGAGUGCGGUGGUCUCGAGCGCGAGAGCGGCGGUUAGAGCUGGCCUGCUCUCUGCCUGAUUCCAACCGCAGGGAAAGGGUCAGGGAGAGGACUCUGAGCUGCGUGUGGCAACCUCCUCUCAGCCUGCUGAUCCUUUACGGCUUUCCCCACCAUUCCUCGGUGGUCAUUGACAAUCCCUCAGGGGCCAUUGGCCAAAUUUAGGGGUCAUUAACUGACCCUCAAUGGGCAUUGGCCAUCCUUAGAAUCUCUGGGCAGCACCAGGAGUCAUUGACCAUUUCCAACGGUCAUUGACCAUCUCCCAGGGGACAUUGGCCAUCUUUAGAAUCAAUGAGCAGUUCCAGGAAUCAUUGACCAGCCCCAAUAGUCAUUGACCAUCUUUAGAAUCUUUGGGCAGCUCCAGGAGUCAUUGACGAUCUCCCAACGGUCAUUGACCAUCUCCCAGGGGACAUUGGCCAUCUUUAGAAUCAAUGAGCAGUUCCAGGAAUCAUUGACCAGCCCCAAUAGUCAUUGACUAUCUUUAGAAUCUCUGGGCAGCUCCGGGAGUCAUUGACCAUUCUCAAUGGUCAUUGACCAUCUCCCAGGGGACAUUGACCAUCUUUAGAAUCUUUGGGCAGCUCCGGGAGUCAUUGACCGUCCCCCAAGGGUCAUUGGCCAUCUCCCAGGGGGCAUUGGCCAUCCUUAGAAUCACUGGGCAGCUCCAGGAGUUAUUGACCAUCCCCCAGGAGUCAUUAACCAUCUUCAAGAGUCAUUGUCCAUCCCUCAAGGGUCAUUGACCAUCUCCAAUGCGCUGUUUGACAAAUUCUAGGGCUCAUUGACUGUCCCUCAGGAGACAUUGACCUUCCCUCAGUGGUCAUUGACCAUCUCCAGGGAGUCACUGCCCGUUCCCCCAGGGGUCAUUGACCAUCUCCAGGUGUCAUUGACUUUCAAACAAGACUCAUUGACCAUUUCAGGGGUCACCGACUAUCCCUCAGGGGUCUUUGACCAUCUGCCAAGGGAUCAUUGACCAUUUCCUUGGGGAUCCUUUUCUAAUCAAGGCCCCUCCAGAAGGGGCCAGAAGUCACACGAGGAGCCAUUAUCCACCCUGAGGGCUCACCGGUCACCCCGGAUCUUGGCCAGAGUCCCUGGUCUUGCCCUCGAGCGCCGGUGAGCUGAGUGUUGGCUACAAGAUGAUGAACUACCAUGUCCUGGAAAUGAUUGGGGAAGGCUCCUUUGGAAGGGUGUACAAGGGCCGCAGGCGAUUCAGCGGGAAGGUUGUGGCCCUGAAGUUCAUCCCGAAGACGGGCCGCUCAGAGAAGGAGCUGAGGAGCCUGCGCCGAGAGAUUGAGAUCAUGCAGGGCCUGCGCCACCCUAACAUUGUGCAGAUGCUGGAUAGCCUGGAGACAGACAAUGAGGUGGUGGUCGUGACAGAGUUUGCAGAAGGGGAGCUGUUCCAGAUCCUGGAGGAUGACGGAAAUCUGCCUGAGGAGCAGGUCCGUGAUAUUGCCUGUCAGCUUGUCUCGGCUCUGUACUAUCUGCACUCACACCGUAUCCUGCACCGCGACAUGAAACCGCAGAACAUCCUGCUCGGAAAAGGAGGAGUCCUCAAACUCUGCGACUUCGGUUUUGCCCGGGCCAUGAGCCUGCAGACACUGGUACUGACCUCAAUUAAGGGGACACCCCUGUACAUGUCCCCAGAGCUGGUGGAAGAGAAACCGUACGAUCACACUGCUGACCUGUGGUCACUGGGCUGCAUCCUGUAUGAACUCUACGUGGGCACACCUCCUUUCUACACCAAUAGCAUCUUCCAGCUGGUCAGCAUCAUCAUUAAGGACCCCGUCAAAUGGCCCAAAGGCAUCAGCCCCCAGUUCAAGUGCUUCCUGCAGGGUCUGUUAACCAAGGAUCCUCGGCAGAGGCUGUCCUGGCCAGCACUACUGUACCAUCCCUUUGUGGCUGACCGCGUCGUCAUCGUGAACGACACCCAGGACUGUAGUGUCGAGAAGCCAUUCACCAUCCAGGCCAGUCCCGAAACACAAGCCUUGAAGGAGCAGCAAGCGAAGGAACUGGCUCCCAAAUCAGGACAGUCCAAAAUUCUCAGGAAGGCCAGAGAGAAGAUGCUGGAGGAAUCCAGGAGGAAGCAUUUCGUCCAAGCAGGGGUACCCGCUGGCCAGGCCCGGGCUGGCCCGACAGGCGAAGCCGGGCAGAUGCAGCCUCUCCCUGCCGCGGUUGGAGCACCUCCCCUCCUGGGGAACCAGCAAUCAGUGCAGCCGAGCUAUGAAGCAGCAGUCAGUGGGAGCCCAGAAUGCCCUGCCCCUCCUUCAGGGACCGGCAGCACAGCGGAGAAGGAGAUAGACCAAGGCCCACCUCCUACACCACGUCUUCACGAAAUCAGUCGGGAUUACGAGCAGGAAUUCCCUGAGGUGCAGGUUGGACCAAGAGUUACCAGGAGGAGGAGCCACGGUAUGGAAAACAUUGAUCUGGAUAAUGAGGAGAUGGACAGCGAUGAGGAGUGGCAGCAGCUCAUUGAGGCGACCGACCCUUCAGCGCUUCAGCUGAGCACUCCACUGACCCUUUUGCGGGACCAGAGCUUCCAGGAGCGUGUGCAGGCCAGGCUUGGAGAUUCCAGCACCCAGGUGCUGGAGGGAAUGCUGGAAGGUGCCUCCCGAUUACGACCGGUUCUGAGAGUGAUCGGGAACCUGCUGGCUACUCGCUGUGACUGGGAUCUCCUGCAUGCCUUCUGCCAGCAUCUGCAGCUCCCUCAGUUCCUGCUGACCAUCCUCGGACAGAUGCUGCACAGUGAAAUGAUCAGGCAGCAGCCGUGGUGUGUGAAGGUCCUGUCUGACCUGCUGGCCGUUCUCGCUGCGUAUUUCUCCAGCAAUUUCGAUACAGAGCCUUCGGGAACCAGCUGUGGACUCCAGGUUUUCGAACAGUCGGCAAAGCAGUUUCUCAGGCUCCUUGAAAUCCUCCUGUCCUCGGCCACAGAGCGCGAGCUAUCACUCAGAGAGCAAAGCAUCACGUGCCUUACCUGUAUCUGUGAGACUAUGGAUCGAAGUCCUCCAUCUGUUUCCAGGACAUUCUACAGCCACCUGCUCAGCACCCACCAGAGAAUCCUGGCCACACUUUUGCAAGGAACCCACGUGGAUACUCCAGCUCUGCAGCAUCCGGAAGGCCCUCAAAAGGAGCAGUGGGAACGAUUGACAGCCACCCACACAGCUGCUCUCGCUGCCAUGUGCACCAUCACACCGGGAGCAAUCGGCUGUGGCGAUGCCAAGCAGCAGAUAGCUGAGCACAUCAGCAACUACGUGUUCGCAGCAGACAGCAUGCCAAGGAGAACCAGGUUCAUAAAGGGAAUCCAGCAACCAGCACUGUGUCUCAGUACACUGAAGGUUCUGUACUCCUGUUGUCAAAUCAGUGAAAUUACCUGUCAGCUGGUGGUGGAAGAAGCUCUGGACAGUUUACUGCAGCUCCUGUGUUGCAAGCUCACUGUUGAAGAUGGGAUCCUGCCGAUGACACAGGAACUGACCCUGCACCUGUUAACAGUCCUCGUGAUUCAGUUGGACCAGGUCCCUGAAAGUUUGGAACAGAAAAUCGAGAUCAUUACAUCCAUCUUCCUCCAAUCACCUGCACCAACUCACACGUGUGCAGCUGCCUUCCUGAUUAUCCAGCUCUGUAGUCGAGGUUCUCCCGUGGAGAUUCAGGGUGAAGAUUUUCUUCGAAGUGUACAUUCAGUACUACUGUCCUGUCCACAGACUUCCGUUUCCGUGCCAAUGGAUCUGGGAAAGUUCGAUGGUUUGUUCACUCUGUUGUUGCAGUAUGUGAAUGAGGGAGAACCCUCCAUGCUCCGAGACUUUGCAGACUCUGAAUUGUGGAACACAGCUUGGCAUUGUCUGGCACAAGUACUACAUCUCAGCCCAGACAGACCAGUCAUGGAGGGAGAGACGCCCCGGCCUGGCCAGCCGAGCCCAGUUCCGGAUUGGUCCACCCUGUCCCCCUCAGGUAUUGUGACCUUCCUGGGACUAGCUACUCUGGUCCUCUCUGCAGCCCCACACCAGUGCCUGCAGCUGCUGGCCAGCCCACGCGGUGUAGUCCCUGCAACACUUGGCCAAUUAUUGUCUGAAAGCUUCCUCCGACAUCUGGAUCAGAGGUUGGAGCUGCCCGCUGUCGGUCUUGCUGCUCGUUGCUGUGGGGCUGGGGUGGAGGUCACACAGGAUGUGGUGCUGAGAGUUUGCCAGCUGCUGUGCUUCCCCUUCGCCAUGGACGUGGAGGAGCCAAUGUUCACUGAGAUUCUGCGCACUCUCUUGGGCGGGGAGUUUGUACAGCAUCUCGUCCAGCUGACUUUGGGAGAGCGGCUCCCCGCUCCCCGGGUGGAGAUGCCCCUGGGCCUGCUGUGGCGCCUGACGCUGAGCGGCUCGGCCUUUGUGGAUCAGUUUGUGGGGGCCGGCUGUGAGCGGCCAGGGGCCUGGGCCCGGUGCCUGCGGGAGCUGCUGCAGCAGGAGCCCGGUGCUGGCGGGGAGGCCCAGGCCGAGCUCCUCCUCGCCCUCCUGGUUCAGGUGUGCCGCUGCUCGGCCCGGUACCGGGCUUUUGUCGAGGCGGCGGCGGCGGCCCUGGGCAGCGGCGGCGAAGGAGCCGGGCCCCUGGAGCGGGCCCUUCAGCAUCCGGAGGCCGGGCUCAGGCGGCGGGCCUGCAGCCUGGCGGCGAGGCUGCUGCUGGGGCCGGAUCCCGGGCCUGUGCCGCUGGGGGCUGUGCUGCCGCUCCUCGGGGACCCCGAGCCCGGGGUCAGGGAGGCCGCCUGCUUCGCGGUGGGUAAUGCGGCCUACAGCGGGGUGUGCGCCGGGGCCCUCUCCCCGGCCUUACCCACCCUCCUGGGCCUGCUCUCAGACCCCAAUCCCCGCACCCGGCGCCAUGCCUGCUCGGCGCUGCACAACCUGUGCGCCGGCUCCCCCAGGCCGGCCCUGGGCCGCCUGCUGCUCAGCGCUGCCGCCCCCCAGCGGCUCCUGCAGCUCGCCGCCCCGGCCACGGCAUCCCACAACACCGCCCCCCAGCGCCAGCCCGCUCCAGUCCGGGAGGCCGCGCUCGCUGCUCUCAGGGCACUGGCCCGAUGGCCCCUGAUCCGGGAGGUUCUGAUCUCCCUGAACUCGUGUGAGAAGCUGUCCCUGAUCGUCCAGGAAACAGAGCAGAGUGACACGGACAGUCCCAGGAACACCAACCGCUCCAUCCUCCAUCACUGUCACAGGCUCCUGGAGACGCUGAGUGCCAGUCCUAGUGACUGAACACGGGGAGGAGUGUGGUAUGCUGCACCAGUUCGGAGAGUGUGUCUGAUUCCCCUGGAUAGACUGGCACACGUUGCUGCCGAUACAGCAAGUCAGGUCCUGAUGUCCCAGGAGCGUCCACACUCUCUUCAACCAACAAAAAGCAGUCCGAUUGUUUCUGUUUAUUCCUGUUCCGCAGAACACAAGAGACUUCCACACUUUCUUCUACCUUCUUGAAGAAACAUUCGUUUAUUACACACCAAAACAGUUUUGAACAGAGCGGUUCAGAAUUAAAGAUGUCAGUUUAAUGUCAAACCCACCCACCCAUAUAAAGACAACACGGCUUUGCAGGGUUUGUUGGCAGAAAAGGAAUGACAACCUUUCAACAAGAGUUUGACUUAUUACAUUUCCUAUUUGAUGAGAUCGACUGGUUGACAGUUAGGAAUCAGUUCCAUUGCAGAACAGCUCAGUAGUUUAAUAUCACAAUUCUACCUGACUUGCUUUCCAUCACUCCUUUGCAAACUGAAAGCCAACUUGAUAUCAGAGGCUGUUGCUAGGUCACAAAUGGCAGAAACCCUGGAGAUUUCCCCACCCACCCACCCCCAAGUCUGUUUGUCCAGCCAUUAAAGUGAUAAGCUCUGUCUCUUUCAAACACCAUCUCUCCAAAUCAUCUGCCUUUCCAGCAGAUCAUCACUUCACUUCCACGUCAGGACCUUUCUGGGUUGAAGAAUAUGAUUUGGAAAUGAAACAUCUAAACAGCUGCACAGUCCAGUUUCUCAGAAACAUGUGCCUAUGCACAGUUACAGGCUAACAAUCUUUCUCUGGCUGACUGGGAUACCUACAUUCUGAGGCCAGCCUUGUGUGGAGGUCUCUGUAAAUACUUAUGCCUACGUGAGUUUAAUACCGUUUCUUGUCACCUCAGCGAUGCCUGUUUUAAAAUAAGCGCCUCAAUAUCUGUGCAGGUGUCUGUUUUCUCAUAGUUCCUGCCCCUUGCCCAGGCCAGGUUGGGUCUGCAAUCUGUUUGGAUUCUGGUGACACAGACUGACCUGGCAUCGCUGAUACCCUGUUAAAUGCCCACCCUGUGCCCUUCAGAUCAGGAAGGGGGAGAAACCAGCUCACCAAUGGGGCACUGUGUGCCAGUCAGUCUUUGCCUUGCAUCGUCUGAGUGAGUGAGCGCCCAGAGAAACGGGUCUCUGCAGGCUCACGCUCCUGCGGGUACUGGAUCCCGAGCUUGCUGAGGGCGUGCAGGAAGUAGCGGGGAGGUUUGCUGACAACAUUGAGCUGGGGAACCUCCAUCUCGGAGCCUUCGUCCUCCACCCCAGGUCCUGGCACCAGCAGUUGCCGGGCGUGGACAUACAGGGGGAGGUGGCGCACCUUGGGCUGAGUGAGGCCGAGCCUUUUCAGCAUACCUUCCGGAAGUUUCUGCUCAACAAAAAACAGACCGAGCCGGUGAGAGAUUAAUAUUACAAAAGGUCCACAGGAUUCCCUCCAGCUCCCCCACAGUCCAAUACCCCCCUCUCUCUCUCUCUCCUCGUUCCUGCCUCACUCUCCCUCCAUCUAUCACUCCCUCGCUCCUGUCUCACUCUCCCUCUAUCCAGCACUCCCCAUCCCUCCCUCGCUGUUGUCUCACUCUCCCUCCAUUCAGCAGUCCCCAUCCCUCCCAUCUCUCUCUCCCUCCAUCCAGCACUCCCCAUCCCUCCCUCCCUCCAUCCAGCACUCCUCAUCCCUCCCUCGCUCCCGUCUCACUCUCCCUCCAUUCAGCAGUCCCCAUCCCUCCCGUCUCUCUCUCCCUCCAUCCAGCAAUCCCCAUCCCUCCCUCGCUCCCGUCUCACUCUCCCUCCAUCUACCACUGCCCAUCAGUCCCUGCUACUCUUACCUGUGGUUGGAGACUAUUCCAUGUGGAAUAUUUAUGGUCUCCAAGGAUGGGACAACUGAGUGCCAGAGCGAGAUGGACCCUCAGCUGGUGCUUCACACCUGGGAAAUAGAGAGAGAAAGAGGGUAUCAGUCACGGAGAAGGUGCCCAGCUCCCCAUCUCCACUGGGGACCACCAUCUUUCAGGCCCUGAAAUUGUUGGGAGGCAGCAGUAGGAUAGAGUUCAGUCCUGACCACAGACAUACCGACUCCAACAAGCAUCACUGAGGUGGCUGCUACACCAAUGAGGAACCUGGGUGGGGGUCUCGUGUGGACAGGUCCUUCAACACGUGGAGGUAAUAGUGUGGAACGAAAGUCGGGGGGGCUAUUGCUGCCCCCAGACAGUGGCCAGUAAUAGACCCUGUGUGCAGCCAGGAUGUUCACUGGAUGGUGAGGCUGUAUUCGACCAGGGCAGGUAAGUACCAGUCAGUGACCAUCUCCAACAAGACAGAAUCUAACUAUCGCUGCCCCCCUCACCCCCGGCUACCAACAUCCUGGGGUUUCCCCCGGACCCCCAGCCCCAUAUCAGUCCUGUAG